UGUAACUUUCACAGAGACGAUCGAAGCACCGCAAAAUGUUAUUUUUCUAAAUUUAUCAUAUAAAAUGGAGCGAUCAAAGUUACCAGCAUCAAAGAAAAGUUCCAAGCCAAAAGUCCAUGCUCCUCCUGGUGACUUUAUUGCGUUGGGGAAGGGGAAGAGCGAAUCCGAUAUCAGUGGGGUGAGACGUCCCUUGAGUCCACAGCCCAUCGACCGCAAGAUUGCACCUGGAAAUGAAAGGAAACGAGAAGCCUCGUCUACGACGGGAGGUGUUAAUUUGACAAAGAAACCAAAGCUGAUGAGUCAGACAUUUACACCUCUUGGAAGACAUGCAACUGAGCCUGAACGGAAAGCAUCACCAUCGACAGUGACUCCUCUGGCUUUUGAGGAAUCGGCCAUCGAUGUGGAGCCAUGUGAAAUGCUUGAGAAGGUUCUGGCAGCGGAGGAGUCUGGCGAUGAUGAGAAGAUUGAGGGUAUCUUGUGUGGCGCCGUCAAGGCUCUUCAUGGCAGUCGGGUGAAGCCCGAUCCAGUCGUUUACCUCACAGUGAUGUACUUGGCAAAGACACACCCCACACUCUUCUGUAGCGAGCUUGUUAUUGAGGCUUUCUGCAGUUUGCUGAAGCGUGAUCCAACCUUGAACUUCAAGGCUAAAGGCAACGCUCUGGUCUCCGUUCUCGCCUGUAACACUCUGAUGGCCUCGUUUGCCGAGGAGGACAACUGGCCAGAUGAUUUUGUCAAGGUGUACGUGGAAGACUCGCUAGGCGAGCGGGUUUGGCUCGAUCGAGAAGACUGUAAGGGUUUUGUUGAGAACAUCCAGACCGCGUUUCACACGAAGAUUCCCCCGAAGAGCAUGCUGUUAGCCUCGACCGAUCCGAUCAAGUCCGAAACACCCGGGUCAGCGAGUCCGGUACUGAACCUAUUUGAAGAAGAAGAUGUUUCUAAGAGUCCAGACCAGGGAGAGUCCGAGACGGAGAAACCGGUCAGUGAGAGUGGAGUCAUCCUACCCAGAUACCCAUUCCAGCAGGACAGUAUAGAGACCUACAUUCACGACAUCGUACACGACUAUCUCAAUCGGAGACAGCCCAUGGAUGCGUCGGCGCGGAAUCUGAUUCGACUGAUGUCGGUGACAGCCGGGUACGCGGAGGUGAGAUCACUGGCCUCUCAACGACUCGAGAUGUGGCUGCAGAAUCCCAAGCUAGCUCGUACAGCUCAAGAUCUGCUGAUGUCUGUGUGUAUGAACUGUAACCAGAAGGAACACAGUGACAUAGAAGUGAUCGCUCAACUCAUCAAGAUUCGCAUGAAGACCAAGCCACUUGUUAAUCAUUACCUCAACUGCAUGAGAGAGUUGCUGGCCCAACAUUCAGACAACCUGCGGAUCAUUCUAACACACACCAUCUACAAUGAGCUGUCCCAAGCCCGCAACCCCAACAACAUGUCACUCCUGGCAACCACGUUCCAGGUGUCCGGCGAAGCAGCCGCCAAGAUGCUGGCCGAGGUAUUCCAGGAUUUGUCGGCAAAUAAAGAUGAUUAUCUUCGAGCCCUGCGAGCUCUACUACGUGAGAUAGUCCGAGCUGUGAGGCACGACAUGAACUUCCCCGCAUUCUGUCUCGGACUCAUGCAGGAGCGCACCGAGACCAAGUUCUCAGACAUGGACGCAACGUUUAAAGAGCGUUUCGUGAUGUCCAUGACGGACCUGAUCACUUUGAAUGUUUUGCUUGGAAUUACCCCUGCUGUGAGAGAAUCGGUUGCUGCAUUGUCUAAAGGAGAAAACAAAGAUAUUGAAGUUCUCCACCACUUCAAAAACCACUGUGCCGUCAUUCAGCGUGAUGCAGUUUGGUGGUUACAUAUGGUUGUACCGAAGAUGAUGGAGAUAAAACCAGCGGAAUACGUACACUGCCUGCACAAGGUUCUGUUCUUGGAGGAAGCACAGCACUACUACAGCAAGGACAAUUGGCCACCAGAGGGAGACAGGAUAACCAUGUUGAGGUUGUGUGCCGAGGUACCCAUCAUGGAGGACACUUUGAUGCGAGUGUUGUUGAUAGGAUUAUCUAGAGAACUACCUCUGAGUGCGGUGGACGCAGUAGAACUGGCAGAUCAGCUCAUCCGACGAGCUGCAGCUCUCUACUAUGGUGUGGGUAUGGAGGUUUUACAUGUGGAAAGACUUCAGCUGAUUGAUGCUUUACUCAACCUGUGUGCCUACAGACAUCCCGAGAAAAUAGCUCUGCCAAAAGGAUAUCAGCCUCCCACCCUGGCUAUAUCAACGCUCUACUGGAAAGCGUGGAUCAUGUUGCUCAUCCUGUCAGCCUUCAACCCUAGCACGUUCGGUCUUGCUGCGUGGGAGAAAUACCCGACACUCAAGUUAAUGAUGGAGAUGGCCAUGACGAAUAACUUCACUUUCCCUCCACCCACGCUGGCCAGUGAUGACAAGACUGUCGAAGAACUGAAGAACAGAGAAAGACAGAUUCAUCAGAGAGAGGUUCAAGGGAUAUUGGAGUUUGAAAGUCACUUGGCUGCUGCCACGAGCAAAGUGACCAUAACAGAGUCGAACAGUCUCCUUAUAGACCAGGUCACCUCCAUGGAUCCCAGUGGUGUAGCCCGGUGUCCCCCGCCAAAGAUUCUCGAACAGCUACAGUCUCUUAACAACACGCUGAAAAUAGGACAGAUGUUGUGUAGAAGUCGAAACCCAGACUUUCUCUUAGACAUCAUACAGAGACAGGGUACCUCCCAGUCGAUGCCAUGGCUGGCGGAGAUGGUCGAGUCGAGCGAGGGAUCUCUCGACGUUCUCCCUGUCCAAUGUCUAUGUGAGUUCCUGCUCCACGAACCCCCAGAACUCAGCGAGACCACGACGGACGCCGAGACUUUCAAAACAGAGAAAUACAGGAGACGACAGAAACUGAAGAAACAGCGUCAGCUACUGGGUCGACUUCAGACUGUGGUUCACGGCGAGCGCAGCGACUCCAACACAACAUUUGAGGUGCUUGACUACUUCCUCAAACGUCUGUCCUCUACACAGGCAGUUUCCAGGUCACAGGCUAUCAAGGGUCUGUCCAUGGUUCUGUCAAAGUCACAGACUUCCCGAGACUCUGAAUCGGAUGAUAAAAUGGAGGUUGACACAGAUUCAGGGAAGACAACUCAUGCAUGGCUGCUGGAAAAUCUUCCCGCCUUGCCAUUGUUCGAAGAUGUCAAAGAUCAAGCAUGUCUGGCUCUCAGACAGGCGUGUCAGAUUGAAACGGACCCGUCUCUGGUCAGUGCAUAUGUUGUUUUCCUGUCCCAGCAUGCAAUGGACCAGAAUCUACACAAGCUGGAUGACCUGGCUCUCGAUCUGGCUCAGCUGAUAGUUGAGCGGACGUCGGUUGUGAAUCAUAUCCUGCCUGCCGACAGUGAUGUGGGUUCGGCGCGCGACCUGAAGAACAAGACGCUGACCGCACUCAUAGAUCUCCACAUGAACUACCUUGUCAAGGCCAAGGAGCCCGACAAAGAGGCGUAUUCCUGGUCUAACACACAGGACCAGAUCAUUCUCCAGUGGGAGUCGAGUGAAUCGGCCACUAUGCACAUCCUUGUGGUCCACGCCAUGAUCAUUCUACUGACCUACGGCCCGCCCAGUGGUGAAAGUCUGUAUCAAGAUCUUCUAGAAACGUGGUUUCCCGAGACCGGACACCUGCCGUCUGCGUUUCUAUUGGAUACGUCCGAAGAGGCUUUGCUCUUACCUGAUUGGCUCAAACUGAGAAUGAUCAGGUCUAGUGUUGACCGGUUGGUCAAUGCAGCUUUACAAGAACUGGAGCCGUCUCAGCUGCUGGUGUUCGUCCAGUCGUUCGGGAUCCCGGUGUCCAGUAUGAGCAAGCUGCUGCUGUGUCUGGACAACGCGGUCGCCAUUGACUCAGCGCGCCUGGAACAGGACGUCGUCGACAAGACGUACAUGGCCCAGCUCAUCGAGAUCCAGCACAAGAGAGGCGCACAAGGGGGAGAGAACUUCAACAAGAUGCUCAACUGUGCAUCAUCACCCGUUAAACAAGACAAGCCGGAUUCCGAGGCGAUGUUGACCGAGUCAAGUGUACCAUCAUGUUGGCAGGUCAAGAAAGAGGAAGACUCUACUUUGUUUGGCUCUCCCAACCAGCUCGUUCAGUCUCUGUUACAGAUAUUUAUGACUCCUGGUAUUUCCAGCCCAUCUCUGAACAAAUCUUUCCAGUCUCUAAUAAAGGCUGUGUCUGGAGAUUGUAGCAGAGCUGAGGAAGUUCUCUCAGCGUUUCAGCAGAUUUUCAACUCCCCUCAGUCUGCGGAGUUCUGUGGGAAAAUGUUUGACAUGCCUUCCAAAUCCUGCCCUCUUCUAAAACUGUUCAUAGCCAAACAGUCAUCGCUACACCAACACCUGAAGCCUAUGAUGGAUCAACUGGAGAGUUUGUCUAAAGGUCGGAACUCGGCUCUGUCUUCUCUCGUUUACCAGUUCCUCACCUCCUACGGACAAGAGAAACACUCGAGUAACGAGUCUGAGAAAGCCGUCCCAGAGGGAAUGUUCCAAACCAAGGGCAAGCUAGACUGUGACAAGUUCAUUCAAGCUAUACAGACUGUUGAUGAAUCAAAUCUUGAGUGUUUGGUACAGCAGUGUAUAGAGAAAUCUAUUGAAAUGAAGGAUACAGCAGCGAGCGUUGGUAUUGCGUGCAAGGUGUUGCUAGACUCGGAGCAGAGCCUGCCUGAAUCUGCUGCUUGCCUGUUUGUUGAUUGGCUGGAAUUACUUGACCCAGAAAUCAUCCAAUCAAAUGCCGAACUUCAACAGCAGCUGCUAUUUGCCAAGAAGGCUAGUUUAAAAAGUGUAACUAAGAGCAUGACGCGGAAAAGGAAUCAGCCGUAUCUGCUGGCUCUGCUGACUCACCAGAGUAACUGGACAACACUACAUCGGUGUGUCGACUGUUUGCUUCAUCCCAAGCAAGGUAGCAGGUAUGACCCAACCUCUGUUUUGGAUUUUCUGUGGGCAUGUCUUCACAUUCCAAAGAUCUGGCAAGGUAGAGAAAGAAAACUGCAGACGUACACGAGUGAGGAUCUGCUGGGGCUGACUGGGGAGCACAUCACCGCGGUGGUCAAGUUUAUAACCGAGGAGGCGCUCAGCGUGGUUCACGUGGAACCGGCUGGCGGACAGACGACUGUCGGUAACGUGACGCGGGCCGUACAGAGCCGACUCGACCUGCUGCUCCUGUGUCUGGCUGACAAAGACGAGAAACUCAAAACAGUCGUCACGUUCUUACUGCAAGAAAAUCUACACAAAAGUCCCAAGGAAAGUGUGUACAACAGUCUAUUUUUAGAACUCUAUCUUCAUCGGCCAUAUAUAAUGUCUUGGUUGCCUAGCAACAGUCCAUUUUUGACAGAGUUACACAGUGCACAUCUGAGUCAAAGUCAGAUGGACACUAUUACUCACCGUAUAAUAUCGGCGCUGGGAGAGGCUAAGAGUGGAAAGGUUGCAGAGAAACGUAUGAUUGAUGCCAAUAUUACUUGUCGCAAGUUAGCAGCUGAACAUCCAUCCUUGUUGUUGCGACAACUGCCGAUGAUCGCGGCCGUCCUCCAGGGAAAGACCCAGUUCACGAUGGGCGAGAUGGUUCACAGGAACUUUGUGCGCCUCUUCAACUACUGCCUUGGUCUGCUCGAGCUGCUGCAGCCCCACGUGUUCCGGCGAGAACACAGCGCACUGCCUGACGUGCUCGAGUCAUACUUCUCACUCAUCAGGGCUCACGGUCGAGAUAACAGACAACUGAAUCAACUGAUUGUCAAGUUUGUCAUCUUCCUCAACAACUUCCUCAGCUGUGACCCUCAGAGAGCAAUCACCAUGUUACAGAAAUACACGGAAAUCUUGAGUAAUGUUUCUCUACUGUUUCCCGAUCUGUCUGAGCUGAAAUCGCUCCUGGCGGGUCUCACACUUCCUGUACAGAAUCAGAACGAGGCUGCGAUGACCGAUGACGUCAACUCGUCUCUUGGUUUGGCGAUCAAACCAGUCUCGGUGUGGAGCGCGGCGCAGCUAGAACCGUACCACAAGAAACUGAAGAAGAACACCCCCACCGAAAUCAUUCAGGUUCUUACCGAUUUAGAUGAAACAUCAAAAAGAAAAGUAGAAAUACUGGAACAUUUCGAGGAUGACUUGAAGCGGUUUAUGACAAAUGGCAGCGACAUAGUACGAAACACGACAUUCAGUCUGUUUAUGAGACAUCUGAAACACAACCCAAGGCGAGCUGGUGAUUUUGUACCCGUGUUCCUACAGUGUCUGAGUCAGACAUCUCCCGACAUCAUCAACACCGCACUGACCAACCUCGCAGAGUUCACAGUUCUCUGUCAAGCACAUGCCCAGGUUAUACUACAGAAGGUAUUUACUCUUGGAAUAACAUCGUCCAUAGAAACUUCAUCUUACAUUAGUGACACUCUACACCUUCUCAAUCUUGAGUCGGCAUUGACUUGAAAGACAUCUACAGCAGUG